AUGAAAAUGCACCAUAUAUUAAUGGCCAAUCUCCACAACAAACUUUUGAUAAUCCAACGCCUCAACCUGAAACUUUACUAUUACCAGAAUUUGAAAUUACUUUACCGCCAGCUAGUCCUAACUUUCCUGAAAGAGGUGCAAGAGAAAUAUCGAUAAAGGCUAAAGUUUGUAAAAUAGUAGGGGGUCCUUAUAAAGGAAUAACCAUGGAAAUUGAUACUCAAUCUGAUGUAACAUGGAUUUCUUUAGGAUUAUUUAAUUUUUUAAAUUUUGAAGAAAUUGAUCUUGAUGAAGAAGUGAUUACUGGGCAUGGUAAUGCUAUAAUUUCUGUACAUUGUAUUGCUUUAUUAUAUAUAAAAAUUAAUAAAAUAAAAGUAUAUACUAAAGUAUAUGUAGAUGAAAAUGCAGAACAAAUAGGAGGAUUAAUUGGAAAAGAUAUAAUUAAAGCAAUGAAUAUGAAUAUUCUAACUAAAGAAGGGGCAAUUACUGUAAUAUAUGAUGAUAAAACUUUUACUGUACCUAUAUAUGUUGGCAAAAAAACUAAUAAUUUACAGCUUGAACUCUCUGAUCAUGAAUAA